UACACCCACUACGAAACGACUCCCAUCUCACUCACUCAAACAAAAAAAGAAAACUCGCGAAUCACAGUUAAUCACGAUGAAACCCAUCGACGGCAAGAAAGACAAGGUGACAAUCCGAGCGGUGAGCCACAACGAGGAGGGCCGGAAGAUAGUGGAGAAGACGGAGGUCAAAACCCGCAACAUCGACACCAUCAAGUACGUGGAGAAGAAGCUCGUAGACAUGGGAUUGCAGGGCCGGGAGCGCCACCCCAUCGAUGGAUUGGGAAUCGGACAACCGCCGCCGAAGUCGGGCCACGGCGGGAAGUACACGUGGGAGGGACCCGGCGACAUGGCGGAGAACGAGCUGGACCCGGUCCCGGCGGCCAUAGAUGAGAGGGAUCCCAACUAUGUGGAUGAGGAGGAGGAGGCUGACGUGGCGGAAAUGGUGGUGGGGGAGGUGGAGGUGGCGAAGGCGGCGGAGAACAGGGAGGGGGUGGCUAGAGUUGAGGUUGAUCCAAAGCUCGGUGCUCAGACUUGGUUCACAUGAUGAUGUUUGGUUUUCGGGUAGUGAAAUAUGGGAAGGUUUUUGUAAUAUUCAUGAUUAGACUGGAAAAUGAGAAAAAAUAAUGUGCGCUUUUCUUUUCCGUUUUUCAAUGUACGUGUUUAAAGUUCGGUAUUGAAUUUUAUGUUGAUUCACUUUCUGUAGUGCUCUAGAUUAUGCAACCUUUUUGUACGGAGAUUUAAAGGAUUGAAAAUUUCGUAUUGUA